GCUGUGGAAGAGUUACUUAAAGAAGCAAAACGUGGGAGAACCAGAGCUGAAACAAUGGGAGCUAUGGGUUGGUUGAAAUGUCCUCUUGCUGGUACAAAUAAAAGAUUUCUUAUUAAUACCAUCAAAAACACGUUACCGUCUCAAAAAGAACAAGAUCAGGAACGUGAGCAAAAGGAAGACAGUAAGGAGCCUGAGCCAAACAAAAGCAGGAAAGAAGAAAAACCAAAGAAACGCAGAAUUCACCCAUAUACGCCCAGCUUUCAGUCCAGAAGGAGAGUCAGCUACUCUCCUCCGAGGCACCGUAACAGGAACCAGCACACAAAGGAUAAGCAUGAAAAGCGAUCAAGCAAACGAUGAGGGGAGGGGAGUGACGAAUGUGUGGUGUUAGAAGCCAGGAAUGUCAUUAAGUGUGGGACUGCAGGGAUGUCUCAGUCUUUCAGGAAAAGAUGCUGUUCGAAAUUGAAUUUUGAACCGAGUUGCUUGUGUGAGAAGUAACCUUGAGGUAGCUUUAGAAAACUUUUCUUUGGGACCUUUAAGAGAAAAGCAAAGUGCAGCAAAAAUGUUUCAGUUGUUUUAGAACAGACAUUCCUUUCCCUUUGCUCCGUAUCUGUCUCCCCUGCUGACUAAGCUUAGGGUCUUGGUGACGAAGCGUGAUACGUGUGUCACUGUCUGAUACAACUCGUUUAGUCAUGUCACUCUUCUGGAAAUAAAUUUAAAUUAAGCAGAAAUCUAUUUAUUGUGUAAAGUUGGCAGAACUUCUUUGCUGCUAACCAAUAAAGAAGUUUUGCGUGUUUGGCUUAGUUUAGUUUUACAGAACCUAGAAGAAGAGAAGGCUGGUCAUUGUCUGACCAAGCACAUGCAUUUUGUAUAGAAUAUAAGAGUUUGCUUUCUUUAGUAUAAAAAGAACAAAUUUAAAAUGGGCAGCACUGGAGGAACUACCAGGAAAUACUGAUUUUGCUUGUUAUUGUAUAUUCACAAACCUGUCAUAAAUAAUAAUAAACAUUACCCCUAAAAAGCCAUAACUGCAAUAAUUGUCUCUGUUUAGACUUCCCUUUGUAAGGAAGUAGUUUGAACAGUCUGUUGUCAUGGUGCUUUCAAAACAAACCUUGAAGAUAAAGUUAUCAUGUUCUCUGUCCACUGCUAGAAAGUUUCCAAGUAAAUGUGUAAUACUAGAAAUGCAGAGGUGAUACUUAAACAGUCAAACGCUCACUUUCCAAACCUGUGUGGCAGUUCUGUAGUGGUACAGUUCUUAAACUUGUGACUCGGAGCACAUGUAAUACACAUCGGCAUAUUCUGCGUCUCAGUUCUGUUUGUGUUACAGUAACAAACUUGCGUGAAAUAUUUUGUAUUUCAGUAUUCUCAGAAAUAAUUGUUUUGAACAUAGGUUUCCGUUUUUAAGUGUGUUGACAAUAAAAUUGAAAAUGUUCAUCAAAA